GGGGCCUAAUGGGUGGAGCUUCAGAGGCGUGGUCACCCUGCCCGUGGCCACGCCCCCUCCCCUCCCCCUCUCCCCAGGAAAGGCGCCCUAUUGGCCACCAAUGGCCUGGCUGUGGUGGGCGGGGCCCUGAUGGGCGGGGCCAAACUGGGCCCCACCUACAUCCUCAUCAUCAUCGGCCGCUUCAUCGUCGGCGCCUACUCGGGGCUGGUCUCGGUGCUGGUGCCGCUCUACGUGGGGGAGGUGGCGCCGCUGCGGCUGCGGGGGGCGCUGGGGACGCUGCACCAGCUCGGCAUCGUCCUGGGCAUCCUGCUGGCGCAGGUGCUGGGGCUGCGGGCGCUGCUGGGGACGCCGAGGGCGUGGCCGGCGCUGCUGGGGGCGGGGCUGCUGCCGGCGGCGCUGCAGCUGCUGCUGCUGCCGCUGUGCCCCGAGAGCCCCCGGUUCCUGCUGGCCCGGGGCCAGCGCGGCCGCGCGCGCCGCGGCCUCUCGCGAUUGGCCGGCCCGGCGGCGGAGGCGGGGCUGGCGGCGCUGGAGGCGGAGCUUGACCAAGGCCCCGCCCCCAAGGUGGGGCUGCUGGAGCUGUGCCGGAGCCGGCGCUACCGGCAGCCGCUGAUCGUCACCCUGGGGCUGCAGCUGGCGCAGCAGCUCUCGGGGAUAAACGCGAUCUUCUACUAUUCGACGUCCAUCUUUGAGGGGGCGGGGCUUCAGGACCCGGCUGUCGGCACCAUCGGAACGGGCGUGGUCAACGUGGCGGCCACCGCCCUGUCGGUAAGCCACGCCCCCGGCCACACCCUCCUUGGGGGUGGGGAGGGGUCCUUUGUCACCCUAAGGGGGUGCGGGGUUACCCAUGGGUGGGCGUGGUCAUGAGUGGGAGUGGCCUCA